UAUCGUACGGAAGAUAUUGUAUGCAGGGCCGCCCCUGAACUAUAAAGCCUUUACGGUCGUCUUUCCGAUGGUUCAGUGUACAGGUGUGUCUUGAUACGGUGAAAAAGCUUUUUCCUCUUGGAACUUAUCAUGCAGACCACGUUCGUGACUGGUGCGAUAUCGCUAGCUCUGGCGUGUCUCAUCGGGUCAGCUUCCUCCAGCAUCAUAUUCGAUCGUGUCUGCCCGACGGGGAUCGAAGCGAAGCAAUACUUCUCGGUGGAGAGUUAUCUCGGCAAGUGGUACGAAGUUCAGCGCUACGAGAGUGAGUUCGAGCUGAACUAUGACUGCGUACAGGUGCGUUAUACACUCAAUGAGGACGCAUCGGUGGAGGUGUCCAACUCGGCCUUCAACUUGUUCAAUGGAUCAUCGAUAAAUGCACUCGGCCGGGCCGUACUAUCCUUCCCGGACGAGGAGAUCGUUCAGGGCAAGCUUAAUGUGUCGUUCUUCGGUGCUCCUAACGAUCUAUCGAACUACUGGGUGCUGGAUACGGAUUACCAAACGUUCUCAGUCGUCUGGAACUGUCAGCCGCUUGGUGAGGAGCAAUCGGAGGAAAGCUUUUGGGUACUGUCCCGGACACCGACUCUACCCGCAGACACGGACGUGAUGUUCCGCAUCCAAAGCAUUAUGCGACGUUACAUCGAUCGUAGCCAGGUGCGGUUCACCAGACAACAAGAUGAUCGGUGUCCCGUGUUUUAGUCUUGUCAACGAUCUGCCUUUUGUUGGAAGGGAGCUAACAAUACUUACCCACUAUUUUUGAAGUUGCUGUGUAUUUAAUUUAACAUU